AUUAAAUUGAUCGUAUUGCGGUGUCCUCUUGCUACAAUCUUCCAGUUACAUCUAUCCCCGGCAGUCGGUUAUCGCUGCUCCUUGGGUGUGGAAGGCAAUGGCGUCGGUCGUCUCUCUCUCAAACGCAAUCGGAUUCUGUAGCAGCAAAAAUCACAGUACCUUUUCAUCAACUCUUCGCUCAGAAGGAGUUGACAUGAAGAUUCUUUCGCGGCGCGGUUGUUCAAAAGUUGGACAUGGCCAAAGAUGUAUUCGAUCGUAUGGAUUAUUUGGAGGGAGAAAAGAUGGUAAUGAGAAAAGUGAUGAUGAUGCACCUUCUAAGGCAGGAAUUCUUGGAAACAUGCAAAACCUCUUUGAGACUUUGAAGAAGGCACAAAUGGUUGUCCAAGUUGAAGCAGUGAGGGUGCAGAAAGAACUUGCAGCGACUGAGUUUGAUGGUUAUUGUGAGGGUGAGUUAGUAAAGGUAACUCUGACAGGAAACCAGCAACCCUUAAGGACAGAAAUUACUGAGGCAGCUAUGGAAUUGGGAUCAGAAAAACUAUCGCUUUUAAUCACUGAAGCAUACAAGGAAGCACACCAGAAGAGUGUCCAGGCCAUGAAGGAAAGGAUGGAUGGUCUUGCACAGAGCUUAGGAAUGCCACCUGGGCUUAGUGAAGGGUUGAAAUGAUGAUAUUUUAAACAGAGAUUGUAAUAUGACUCGGGCUCGUUAGUUGCAAUCUGAGCUUCGCGCCAUAGUUUUUAGGGAUUUAUCGGUACAAGACUAUAUGCUUCGUGUAAAGGCUCUAAUUGACUCUUGCAUUGGUAGGAGAUUCAAUUCCUUCACAUCAAUACAUUGAUGUUGUGCUUGAAGGUCUUUCCCAUGAGUAUGGACCAGUUAUUUCAGGUUAUAGAAAGCAAGUUUGAGUCUAUUUAGCUUGAGGAAGUGGAGGCUCUGUUGCAUGAUCAUGAAUUGCGUUCUGAAAGAUUCAAGAAGAUCUUAAUUAUUGACAAUGUUUCAAUCAAUCUCACUCAGUCAAAACCUGUUUUAGAUUCUUUCUUUGGUACACAUGAUUUGAAUGCACAUAACAUAUGUAUCCUUUUAUGACUCUUCUUCUACACCUUCUAGCUAUGGUUUUGGAAGAGGUGGACAUACAAGCUAUCAUGGUGGUCGUGGUAGCCAUGGUAAUAUGCAAUGUCAAAUUUGUUUCGAAUUUGGACA